GCAGGCAACUCUGGCCCUGUGGAUGAUUGUCCAGGAGCCCCAGUGCCCAGGGCCUUUGAUGGACUAUUCCCCUCAUCUCCUCGUCGAUCUGCUCUUCCAAGUCUUCGACAGCACAGAGCAGACGUCAGAGGAGGUCAACACGUUCUGGAGGGGAUGCCAGGAGCAGCACGACCUUCCCACCGACCCCAACAGGUUUGCAGUGCUGACCAUGAAGGCCCUGCUCUGCUGUCUCCACUGGGAGGAUGGGGUGAAUUCAGUGGAAGACAAUGGUGGCUGGGCCAGGCUCCUCAACGCUCACAGCCGCCGCUACGCAGUGGCCCUGCUGGCCAGGGAGAAGCGCCAUGUCUCCAGGCCCUUGUGUUCCCGCAUCACACUCCACCUGCUGGAGCUGCUGAGCAGGGAGGAGCUGUGCUGGGACCUGCCUGCCAUGGCAUUCCUUGUGGAGGUCCUGGACUGCCUGGACACCAAAGAAUGCGGUGACAGGGUCCUGGAGACGCUCUCAAGGAACUUGGGGAGCACCAACAAAAAGCGGCGUCAACUGGCGCUCAGAGUCGUCGUGGCACUCAGCCAGGAUCCCGUGAUGGCCGAGAGCAUCUGGAGCCUGAGUGAAAGGCUCGUGCAGCUCCUGGGGGAUGCAGACAGAGAUGUGGUUUGGAUGACCCUCUCUGUGCUCGACCAUGUGCUCUGGACCAGUCUCUGGACACGGCGCCACGAGAGAGUCCGCAGCAAAGACCCCCUAAUAUCCACCCCCACCGGCCUGCAGUUGGCUGAGGCGCUCCGGCCACUCUUUGACCACGACGACAGCAGUGUGCGGCAGGGCUCCAUGGUCCUCUUCUCUCGUGUGAUCAAAGUGAUCGAGAGAGAGGGAAAGAGGCCCCUGAAGCCACUCGUGUGCCUGAGCCUGCUGCCGCUCUACUUCCACCGGCACGACGAGAAGGUGCUCGUGAAAAGGGCCUCUCAGGGAGCACUGCUGGCUGUGACCAGGUUCCUGAAGAGGAGGGAUCUUGGGCACCUGGUGAACACAGAGGAGCCAUGGAGCUUUGGCGAGUGCCUGCUGAAAAAGGACCGAAGACGAGUGGCCAAGUACAUGCACCAGGCCCUGCCGUACCUGCGGAGCCCACAGCAGCCCCUGCGAGAGGCAGCCGUCAAGUUCAUGGGGAUCGCCGGGGGGUACCUGAGGGGACAGCCCAAUGAGCUGCAGCUCAUCAUCGAUGCCCUUCAAGCCAUCACAGACGACAGCAGCCCCACUGUCUCAAGCCUGGCGCUUGAAAUCAUCCGCUUUGUCGGAAACGUCCAGACAGCUCCCUACCCCAGGUUCCAGCAGCUCCGAGACCAGCUCUGCGGGGCGUGGAACAGCCGGCCUUCUCUGUGGGGCUGAGUCUGCCUGUGCUGCUGCAGCUGUGUGCAGAGUUGAUGCAGGCAGCUCUGUCUGUUGGGGCCACCCGAGCCUGUGGGGAAGACACCUCUUCUCUGCAAGCCCUUCCUUUUACCCCAGCGUAGGACUAUUCAAUAAAUAUUGUC